AUGCAAUAUCCACCACCAGGCGUGCCACAAGAAGAUUGGAAUUAUCUUUGUUCUUACUUUUCCUCUAAUGAAUUUAAGAAAAGGAGUGCUCAAAAUGCAAGGAUUCAGGCAAUGCAAAACACAUCCCAUGUAACUGGGACAAAAUCGUUUGCCCGGAUGGGUGUUGAAAUGCCUGUAGGAGAGAAUGAAGCACUAGUUUGUGAGGAGGAAAUUUUCUCAGAGGUUCUUGUACACAAGUCGGGGUACAUACGUGGCCGUGGGCAUGGUCCGAAGCCUAACCGAUCCUUAUCUAAGCACCAUGAUAAGUCAGAGUUGGAGGCAGCUAACAAAAGGGCCAAUGAGUUGGAAGAAAAACUCAAUGCUCAACAACAAGACAUGGAAGUGAUUAAGGCUACCCAAAAGGCAACAAAUGAGAUUUUGCAAGCAUCGAUGGAGCAAAUGCAAGGGGCAACCGAAAAUGCAGCAAAUGAGAUUUUGCAAGCAUUGAUGAAGCAGAUGCAGGAUGGGAGGCACAUGUCUGCCCAUGCCAUUGCCCCUGGGCCUGACCCUCUAUUAUGGUAG